AUGUACUGUUUGGAGGCCAACUCAGGCACCGCGACGAAAGUUUGGGCUUAUCGUGUUUCGCCAGUCGCAGCAGCAACUGAGGACCGUACGGUACUGUCCUCUCCCUCGACCUCGGCUGGUCUGGUCCGCGGAUGCUUCGGGGGACGGGCCAAUGACUCGUACUGUGUUGCUUUGGCGAAUGGAGGCAAUCCCUAUUCGUCUGGCUCGAGAAGGCAGAAGCGCUUGUGUAAUUUGCUGCCAGCCCAGUCUCAUCAACUGACCACUUUGCGCCAAACCUCCGUCACCACGUCAUGCCCUCAUUUAUCUGGACCGCGUCCCACACACUCAUCCGCCCUACGCGCCCCUUUCAUGUGCAAUGCUGAAUGUCUUUUGGCCCUCUUCUUGAGCCUCUACACCCAAGCGCAUAGGUACAUUGAUCUGUAG